CGUUCUCGGUUGUCCGGACACUUACACACGCCGCCCGUUCGUGUAUAUCAUAAUAUUAUUAUUAUAACGACCAUAAAAUAAAUCGUAGUGAUCACAUAGUAGAAAUAUUCAGCACUGUCAUCAGCUCCCGUUUAACGGAAAAAAGUCAUUAUUAUAAUUUUUUUUUUUCUGUAAUUUAUUAAAAGGAGGUACCUYCUAUAUUGUAGUUUAUAGUUAACCGACAUGUCAGAUUGUCGUCAAUGGUCCUAGCGCUUAUCGUCGAUUACUUCAUAGCGAGUGUUACCGUUUUUGCCAAAAUAUCUUGCGAAACAUUUUUUUCGCCGCGUCUMUGUCUCGUGUGUGAGUGGUGCGCCGUUGGUCCCGUCUUUCUUGCGCGAAUCGUAAUAUUGUUAUUAAAUUUUGUUUUUCUUGUAUAUUAUUAUAUUAUUUGAUAUAAUAUUUUGUUUUGUCGAUUCUUGCGCGUGCGUGCGUUCGAUUGUCGUGUUAGUGUAUGGUGCAUGCGAGUGUGCCGCAGCCGCCACCGCCGCCGCCUAGGAGGAAGAGGAGGAGGAGGAAGAGGACUUCGACAGUGCACUGGUAAAUUUAAUGAAAUCGACGUCGCAAUCGGAAUACCUCUCAUCUACACGACCGGUCAGAGAUAAGUUAUGAUACCAGUUUUAUGAAAUCCGAUAGAUACAAACACGUCCAAAUUCUCGGCCCAAUUUGUGCCGAUUAAUAACACUAAAAUGGUGGUAGAUCAUAGUGCAUCCAACAGUCCAGACACGAAAUUCAAUAAUGGCAGGGUAAAAAACCAAGAAACUAUCGAUCUUAAAAUCAAAAGCGGGACGUUAGACAGAUACGAAAAAAAAUUAGACGCCGUCGAAAAUGGUUCGUUUCCCGCCACCAAGGAGGUGGCAGAUUUCGAACAAGCCAUUGAACUCACUGGUUAUGGAAAAUUCCAUUAUUUACUGUUGGUCGUAUGUGGUUUUGUCAGCACUAGUGAAGAAAUGGAUGUUAUAUGYAUGUCAUUCAUAUUACCAUCAGCCCAAUGUGAUCUUAAGCUAAAUACAUCUUCCAAAGGAUGGCUAAAUUCAAUUAUAUUCAUAGGUAUGAUGGCUGGUGCAUAUAUUUGGGGUUCACUAGCUGAUGCACUGGGUCGUCGUAAAGUAUUAAUCGUUAUAAGUUUUAUGAAUGCCCUUUGUAUUGUUGCUUCUACUUUUGCACAGUCUUAUGGUGUAUUCAUGUUCUUUAGAUUUUUAAAUGGAGCUGCAUUGGGUGGCAGUGGACCAGUUAUAUGGUCUUAUUUCGCUGAAUUCCAGCCCAAGAACAAACGUGGUUCAAUGUUGAGUUCAAUGGCAGCAUUUUGGACACUUGGAAAUUUGUUUGUAGCAUCAUUAGCAUGGAUGAUCAUACCACAAGAUAUUGGAUACAGGUCUCCUACGUUUUUAUACAAUUCUUGGAGAAUAUUUUUGGCCAUAUGCUCCAUUCCUAGUGUACUUGUUGCUGUGUUCCUGUUUUUUUUACCAGAGAGUCCAAAGUUUCUACUGACCCGAAAUGAUCACAAAAAAGCGUUAGAAGUAUUUAAGAAAAUAUAUGCUACCAAUACAGGAAACGAUCCAGAAAUGUACCCAGUUAAAUCAUUGGUUACUAAGUCGAAUGCUAUUGAACAUGACACUAAAAAAACUACUUCUUUUAAAAGUAUGACUGAAGAAGUAGCUCAUAAUACUAAGAUGAUAUUUAUGCCACCAAUAUUAAAGUAUACGUGGAUAUCUAUUGUGAUUAACCUCAGUUUUCAUAUCGGUUAUUAUGGUCUCAUGAUGUGGUUCCCAGAGCUAUUUAAUAGAUUUGAUGAAUAUGCUCGAGCUCAUAAUGGUAGUGAACAAGCACUUGUGUGUGAGGUGACUGAAUUCGUAGUUAAAACAGGAUCACACUCUCAUGUGGAUCUAUGUUCAGACAAGAUCGAAAGCGGCGUUUUUCUUGAAUCAUUUAUUACAGUGGCAGCUGCCAUUCCUAGCAAUAUAUUUGCUGUGUUGGGAAUGGACACAUUAGGCAGAAAAUUCUUUUURGUGUUCAGUACAAUGGCAUCUGGAAUAUGUGCUGUUGGCUUGUCACUUAUCACAAGUAAAAGACAAAAUUUAAUAGUAUCUGCUAUUUUUAGUAGUGCUAUUAGUUGUGGUAAUGCUGCUUUGGAUUGUUUAAUCACAGAAAUUUUUCCUACAAAUUUAAGAGCUACUGGAAUGGCCAUAUCAAUGGUAGCUGCCAGACUUGGAGGUAUUAUUGGAAAUAUUGUUAUCGCUGCGUUGCUAGAUCUCUAUUGUCCAUUACCUACUUACAUUGUAGCUGUGCUCCUGAUAGGUGGAGGGCUUUUGUGCCUUUUGUUGCCUAACACCACGAGAGAACCAUUAACGUGA